AAGUGGCACCUGGGCACACCUGCGGAGUCUGUCCCUCAGACAAAAAAAUUACUGCUAUGAUCGUGUUUCUACGAAGUUACGGACUCACCGCGUGACAUGUGGCUUAAAAUCAGGUACGAGUCGAGUUUUAUCUUCUUUAUGUGUUUUGUUUAACUCGGGGCAGACUGCGAAGUGGAAGUGGCUAGAGUUGCACAACAAGUUUGAGGCCGAGACUCCAUUCCGCAGCUGAGGCCUGUCCUGGGACCACAGCGCUUUGGGAAACGACCUGUCUGUCACGUCACAAACGCAGUGCAAGCAGAUGCUGUAUUAAAUAACCAUAAAAAGAACCAGUGACGAGUCAUAAAUCAAACAUGUCUGACUCUGAACCUUCGGAAGUGAGGACUGCACCCGUUGCUGAGCCUCAAACUGAAAAAAAAGAAAAGUUGGAGGGCUUGAAACCAAUUAGACAUGUUGAAAAGGACUUUGAGGACAAUUGUAAAGAACCAGAGGAGGAGGUGGUGGAGGAGGUGAGUGUAUGUGCCGCUAUGGAGCCAUCCACUUUGCCGUGGUCCUCCAAAGAGAAACCCCAAACAGAUCAAGAUGAUGGGAUCUGGUCCGAGAAAUGCACUUCUGAGCCUGAAGAUGGCGACACUGGGAUCAGCGGGGGCAGCCAGGACAUUUCAGAAAAGCAGAGCCAUGCAGGAGAGGAGGAAGAGGAGGAAAUUGGGAAUGUUAAGGCCAAAUGGAGAGAGAGCAUGCCAGAGGGCGAGAGAUGGAGGAGUGACGAAAUCCAACAGAAUAGUGAUAAAGGCGGGGGCUCUCUUGCUGAUGACGAAGAGGAGGAGGAGGAGGAGGAAGACAGGGAUGAGGAAGAUGAGAGGUGGAGGGCAGUGAAGGGAGUGCCCGGGUUCACCCCACAGGUCACUAUAGUUCGGAUGUCCAGUAAAGAUUUGCAGGAGGAGGAGAGACCACUGUUCCAGGAGGCACAGGGAUACAAGGAGCCCUAUCCCGAUGAGGACUCAGUGCAGUACCGUGAGUGGGUACAACACGAUGACAAGCUUUACCUGUGCGAAGACACCUGUGGGGAGAGGCUGAAGCUGACUGUGUCGGUGGUUGCUGGGGCACUCCUGUUCCCCCUGCUGGUGUGGGGCGGAUAUGAGCUGCUGCCCUUCGACUCUCCAGUGCUUGAUAGCGCUCCCCUCAGGGUGGUCUAUACUCUACGCUGCUCCAUGUUUGCCAUGAUCCCUAUAAUUCUUGGAGUGCUGGUGCAGGGUGUGGCGCGGCUGCGGUACGGCUCGCUGCGCCCUCUGUACGAGGGCCGACAGGAGAACAGGCAGGUUGCGGUCCAUGGACACUUCAUCAAUGAGUCCGUUGGUCUAUUCCUCUUCUACUUCCUGCAGCUCGCUGUCAUGGCAACCUACGUGAGCCAGAACCUGGUCAAGCUGGUACCACUGCUCACCAUCAUCUUCGCUUUUGGCAGGCUGAUCUACUGGCUGUGCCUGUCUCUACGCAGCACUAUCCGAGGCUUUGGCUUCAGUUUCUCAUUUGCUCCUGUGUUGUUGAUGCUGGGGGUGAAUCUGUACUAUGUGUGCUCGUCUCUGGGGCAGGGUGCUGUGUUUGAUGUGGAGCCACCGCCCACUGAGGCCCCGCCCAAACAGCGCUGGUGGUUUGGCUGAAAACGCUCCGAUGAAAAACAUUAUAAAAGGCAUCACUGUGCUGUUUUAUACCUUGUGCUGUAAUGGUUAUUAUAUUAUGGCUGAUCAUUGUAAAUCCAUAGUCCAACACUGUUUCUUAUUAUGUUUAAAA